UCUCCACUUGACAGCGCUGAAAGGGGCAGCAGCCAAGGCUCGACUCGCCCUCCCCGGAACUCUGCAGCCCCAGCGGCUCUGAUCAUUUUAACAUCGGGGUUCGGUCCAACAUGGCGGCGUACGGAUGGAAAUACUGAUGACAGUCCGAAAGAUCGCCUCGAUUUGUACGAUGGGCGCCAAUGCCUCUGCCUUGGAAAAGGAGAUUGGACCGGAACAGUUUCCUGUUAACGAACACUACUUUGGAUUAGUCAACUUCGGCAACACCUGCUACUGUAACUCAGUGCUGCAGGCUCUGUAUUUCUGUCGACCGUUCAGAGAGAAGGUGCUGGCAUACAAGGUGCAGCCGCGGCGGAAAGAGUCCCUCCUCACCUGCCUGGCCGACCUGUUCAACAGCAUCGCCACCCAGAAGAAGAAAGUCGGAGUCAUCCCUCCCAAGAAAUUCAUAUCUCGGCUAAGGAAGGAAAACGAGUUGUUCGACAACUACAUGCAGCAGGACGCCCACGAAUUCCUCAACUACCUCCUCAACACUAUCGCGGACCUCCUCCAGGAGGAGAAGAGCCAGGAGCGACAGCAGAACGGAAAACUGGUGCAGAACGGCAGCAGCGGAGGAGGUGGAGGAGGAGGUACUGAUGGAGGAGGAGGAGGAGGAGGAGGAGAAGGCGAUGGUGGAAAGGAGAGCCAGCAGACUUGGGUCCACGAGAUCUUCCAGGGGACGCUGACCAACGAGACGCGCUGCCUCAACUGUGAAGCUGUGAGCAGCAAAGACGAGGACUUCCUGGAUCUGUCUGUGGACGUGGAGCAGAACACCUCGAUCACGCACUGUCUCAGGGGCUUCAGCAACACAGAGACGCUGUGCAGCGAGUACAAAUAUUACUGCGAGCAAUGUCGCAGCAAACAGGAGGCCCAGAAAAGGAUGAGGGUGAAAAAGCUGCCCAUGAUCCUCGCCCUCCACCUGAAGCGCUUCAAGUACAUGGACCAGCUGCACCGCUACACCAAGCUGUCCUACCGCGUGGUCUUCCCUCUGGAGCUGCGCCUUUUCAACACGUCGGGCGACGCCACCAACCCCGACCGCAUGUACGACCUGGUCGCCGUCGUGGUGCACUGUGGCAGCGGUCCCAAUCGAGGACACUACAUCACUAUCGUGAAGAGCCACGGCUUCUGGCUGCUGUUUGAUGACGACAUCGUGGAGAAAAUCGACGCGCAGGCGAUCGAGGAGUUCUACGGCCUGACGUCCGACAUUUCCAAAAACUCUGAGUCGGGGUACAUCCUCUUCUACCAGUCCAGAGACUGAAGCGGCCAGCAGUGAAUCCCCAGGCGACGGUCUCCGCGUGGCAGGCGGCCGCCUCCGGCUCGCCCGCGCUACAACCCGGGCUUUAUUCCCAUGCAGGCGGAGGUCUGACCCCGGAGCACCGCUGGGGACGGGGUCGAGGCGCGCGCGCAGGGGGUUGCAUGCCAGCCUCCAGGAUUGCAAAUCCCCCGAGGCCACACUGCAACAAGCACCUUAAUAUACGAAAUAAAAUAUAAAAAAAAUAAAAAACACUCAGCACUGGCUUUGCACUGUGGCACCAGGAUGGCGGGUGUCCUGCUCCUGGAUGAGGCUGGUGUGACCGCGGGGGGGGGGCUGCUAAAGGCAGAGGCUACCGAUGUCGCUUCACAGCUUUCCCUGCCUGCGUAUUAUACCUCGCUACGUUAGCUUCCCCACAGCGGGGGGGGGGGGGAAGCUAGGAUGCAGCCGUCACGUGUUCACCGGCCAGGAAGGGAGGCCGCCACGAUCCGACGGCACCGCUACGAGUCAAAGCCUGUGAGCUGGGGUGUCUGGGUGGAGGCUGAAGGUGUACGCUGAGCGCCGCGGGUGGAGAAGCAGUUUGUAGAGGAGGACUCGGUGGUAAAGUCAGUGUCUAAUGAUCGCCGGCCACUGGAGGGGUGGGAAUACUUCUCAAACUGAUGAGCACAGCUCCUUAUUUAUGACAAAAGAACAACAACAAAAAAACAAAGAUCAAAUGAAGUAAACUGACCAAAAAUUUCAAUUAGCAGUAUGAAUAAUUUAACCUUUUCAGUGUUUUUGUCAGUUUAAUAUAGUUUUUUUCUGUCUGUUCUGGGUUUUAGGAGCACAGAACAAUGUUUUUUUUUUUGUAUUUUGUUUUUUAUGAGGCUGCGGUUUGUACCGUUUGAGCAUCAAGGCUGGUAAUAAGUCUUAGAAUGGCACCUAGUGAAAGUCAUCCUGUUGGAGUUCAGUGGGGCUCAAAGGUUGGUUAUGAAGUGGUGUUAUGCCAUCAGGAGCCACGUUUGGUGCCAUAGUGGAGAAAAACUGAAGGAAGAGCAAGUUAGAAACGCACUCAGGCUGAUUGCUUUGUUAAAGUUCCACGAUGUCUAUUUUGAACAUGAAGGAAGUGACCGACAGAAAGGUCGAUACCUCUCAGCACAGCCAGCUCUGACCUCCAGACUGUCACACUACAAGGAUUUUCCCCCAAUUUCAGCCACGUUCUGUGAGAUAGCCGCUGCAGCUCUGGAAAUGAGACGGAUCUUUUCCUUGACACGUUUUUUUUCACCCCAGGUUCGUAAACGACUACUGCGCGGAGCAAAUCUUUUUUUCUUUCUCUUUUGUCUCUGCAGUUCAAUCGCAGCUGACUUUCCUCGUUCUCUCUUAAACCGUUCCGAAGCGGCAGAUCUAGAGAUGCCCGUUGGCAGUAUCUGUCCAUCACUGACAGAAUCGUUCGAUCUCUCAGCGUUAAAAACAAAACCGACCUAUCGUAACUUUCCUGUGGUUUAAACGUCACCUUAUGAGGUGCAAGUCCUCUAGGGAGCUUCCAGUCCCCUAAAUGUUCUGUGCUGUCCGUCAGCGGCGUAUGAGCCUGAUGAUGGCGUACCCCAUUCGCUAUUUCCCCCUCUUUUAUUAAAAAAAGAAAAGGCUGCC